AUGGGUCGCAAGAUCAAAGUAAGCGGAUCUUACUCUUGUGCUGUUGAAGGACCGACUCAAGACGAUCGAUAUCCUGUCCCCGAAAAGGCUCACAAAUGCCGUGGGCGAUUGCAAAACCAGUAUACAUCUGCGGCGAGUAUCCCAAAAGGACUGAUAUUCCUUGGCCGUAAACAAAUCGCAAUGGUUGAGUCUCGCAACGACGAAACCUCUCCCCUCCUCGCCACGGCUCCCAGCGAAACAGACAAGACUCCACCUGGUCUAAUGGAUGUGCCGACCUGGACCGAGCUUCAAGGUUUUUGGGAGCUCUGUAGGCUCCACAACAACAUCGGCUUCUGGGUCGUCUGGCUUCCGACUGCCUGGUCCAUAUCCAUGGCCUACCGUGCCAACACGAGCAUUUCCGCCUUGCAGGCGCUUUUGCGCGCAGCCGAAUACAUCCCCUUGUGCUUCGGAAUCAAGUCCCUCGCGCAGAUCAUGACUAUCGAUGACAUCCUCGACGAAGACGUGGAUGCGUUGGUUGAGCGGACCCGCCUUCGCCCGAUUCCGCGUGGUGCUGUUUCGCUGAAACGGGCUUGGCUAUUCUUUUCAGUUCAAGUUCUCGUCGGGGUGUUCUGCGCAUUCAGUUUCUUGAGCAAACCUGCCCUCUACGUUUCCAUCCCCGUCUGGCCUCUCUACAUUAUUUACCCGACUUGCAAGCGUUGGACCAACCUUGCUCCUGUCCCACUGGGAAUCAUGUUCAAGAUCGGGGUAUUCAUGGGCUGGGCUGAUAUGGUAGGAACAAUCAACUGGCACGUCCUCGUCCCUGUCUACAUCGGGGCUUGCUGUUGGACUUUGACGUACGAAACGGUCUAUCAGCACCAAGAUAAACUCGACGACGUGAAAAUUGGUCUCCAUUCGCCUGCUCUCCUCGUUGGAGCGCACACGUUGGUCGUCUGCACCAUCACGGCCCUCCUCUUUCUUUCGCUCGUCUCGUACGGGGCAUUUCUGAACGGACAUAGCUGGCCUUUCUUCUUGGCCAUGAGCAUCGCGGCGUUCCUGCUUCUGAAUCGGCUCUGGAAAACCGACAUCGACGUACCCGCUGAUUGCAAACGUCUGUUCCUCGACACCACACUCAUUGGAAAUAUCAUUCUGCUCGGAUUUGUAGUCGACUCUCUCUUCUAUCGUGUAUCGCAAGGUCUGGAAAUCUGAGGGCCCGGUAGCACUACAGUCUAAAUCGCAUUUUUACUUGUCCCGGAUAGGCAAUGCUUCUUAUAAUAUUCAGUGAUAUCUAAUGCCAACGAUGACAUCAAGCCGCUCCAGAUCCAAUCCUCACAUGUAUAAAUACGAGCAUGCUCCCAAAAGCAAAAAAGAGAUCAUCAACCUCACCCUUCGCACUCUCAUUGACGACAUCGAACAGCCUGACAUGCACAAAAUCUUUGAUGGAAGAACCGCGAAGUGCCGCCUCCGUGUCGUGAUUAUCGGCGCUGGCGUUUCUGGCUUGUCUGCAGCGUUUUGUCUGGGGCAAGCUGGGCACGAAAUUAUCGUGCUGGAAAGCUCUGCCGAAAUCCGGGAGACCGGUGCAGGAAUCCAACUGGGACCGAAUAUGUCGAGAUUGCUCAUGCGAUGGGGGCUCGCCGACCGUCUAGCCCAGCUCGCUGUCAAACCACUCUCAGUUUCAUUCCGCCGAUAUGAAACGGGCGAGCGGAUUGGAUUUGCUGAGUUUGGAGAUAGUAUGGCGUUCACGCAUGGGGCCCCGUACCUCCACAUACAUAGGGCAGAUCUUAUAGCGAUGCUUGCAAGCCUUUCUGCUCCGUUUGCGGAUAUCCGACUCUCAUCUCGGGUCAAGGCGGUGAAUCCAGCCGAUGGCACCGUCGCGCUCGACAACGGAGAAAUAAUCACGGCGGAUCUGAUUCUAGGAGCAGACGGCGUCCGGAGUGUCACACGGCGGGCCAUAUUUCCGGAUGCGGAGGAUCAUAGCAUCGCCACAGGUGAUGCGGUGUUUAGGGUCGUCAUUCCGACCGCGCCAUUGUUGACAGAUCCGGACUUGCGAGCGCUCGUUCUCAUUCCUGAGGCGACCUGCUGGAUGGGGCCUGGCCGGCAUGUUGUUGGCUACUGUAUUAGCGGAGCGGCAGAGUACAACCUCGUCUUUCUCUGCCCUGACAGCUCAUCCGGAAAAUUCCAUGACUCAUGGACCGCGGACGGGGACGUCGAAGAAAUGCGCCGUAUCUUCGCCAACUUUGAACCACAAGUGCAGAAACUGCUUAAACUGACAAGCACCGCGAAGGCCGGAAAAUUGAUGCUGCACCGCCCCCUCGACUACUUGGCUGUCGGAAAACCGACGUGUUGCUCUCAUUGGCGAUGCAUGUCACUCCAUGCUGCCGUAUCGGGCCCAAGGCUCUGCCAUGGCUAUUGAGGACGCUGCGGUUCUGGGGAACCUUCUAUCGCGUAUCACUCACAAGUCGCAACUCACUCAUCUUUUGGAGGCGUAUCAAACACUCCGCAUUGGACGCGCGACUGCGACACAGAAUGCAGCGGCGGCGAAUCAGCUGACCUUCCAUCUGCCUGAUGGGCCGGAGCAGCAAGAACGGGACGCUUCGAUGCGGCGCGCGAUGGAGACACGGCAUGACCCAAAUGCAGGCAGUGCGAAUAUGUGGGCGGAUCGGGAGAGAAGCAUCGAGCAAUUUAGCUACGACGCAGAUGAGGCCGUCGACCGCUGGUGGAGGCAGAACUCUCACCUUGUCGCAGAGCAAGCCAAACUGUAGAUUGAAUGCGACGUCAACUUGGUCGGCAAUCGCCAUGUUACCUAAAC